AUGCUUCGGGUGUUUCUGACUUCCAAAACGGCUGGUCUAUGGAUGAACAACCACACAACCCAUGGGGAGUGGUGUGGUGGCCCUGACCGCAAUGGCCUCUGGUUCGACCCCGCGAGCAGCUUCUACACGGAGGAGCAGUGGCUGGAUGACUGGGCCAUGCUGGCGCGGCGGUACCGACGCUGCAGCUACGUCGUGGGCUUCGACUUGCGCAACGAGGUCCGCUUCUGCCCCUGGCCAUUCCGAUAUCCGAUCUGGCUCGGAGGGUUUCCAAGGAUUCUGCGGCGUCUCCUUCGAUGCUUGGGCUUCUGCGAUUGGGCCGAGGCAGCAAAACGCUGCUCGUUGAGGCUUCUGGAAGCCUGCCCCGACAAGCUUCUGGUUAUCGAGCGCCGCAUCUGGCCCAUGAGGGGCCUCCGCGGCUAUGACACCUGUCUGCUGCCGCAGCUCCGAAACCGAUUGGUUCUUGGCGUGCAUCACUACAGCUGGAAUGGUCCUGGUCGUUACCUGCCGUUUGCCCACAUGAGGAGCAAAGGUUGGCAGCUGCUCUCCAGGAGUCUCCUGAGAUUCCUCCGGAUCUUCUCAAAGCAAAACUACGGCGAGAUGUCGGCCAGCGAUCUGUCCGAAGUCCUCCACGAACAGUGGGGUUGGCUCUUGGAAAGAGAUGUCUGCCCCGUGUGGGUCAGCGAAUUUGGAACUGGCCAGCAUCCGGGGUUUGACCUGGACUGGUUUCAGCGCUUUGUGGAGAUUCUUGGUCGCCUGGAGGUUGACUUCGCCUACUGGCCCCUGAAUGUAGGUUCCUUGUUUGGCAAUCAUACAGCAGUGCAUGUACUAUGUAACCAGUAA